UCUCUUUCCUUCCUUCCUUCCUUCGUUGUUGUUAAAAUUUGGGAUUUCUGGGAUUAUUACAUCACCACUUGCAACAACGGAAGCAUCUCUCAGGUCCGAUCAGAUCCAUUCAAAUCUCUUCUUUUCUUCUUCACUUCCUUAUCUUUGUCCCCCGUUUUUCAAUUCUUGUUUCCCAUUUAUUUUUCCCUCUUGAUUUUGUGUAUUUUCUGUUUUGAUUUGCCGCCCAAUUCUCGGGGUGUUGUUUUUCCUUGGUGGGGUUCGUUUUGAUCUUUUCUAGGGUUUCACUGCCUCUGGGCUUUGUUUAUUUCGGUUAAUUUUGAAAUUCUUUGGUUUGAGGGGGACUGGAUACUUGGAAAUGUGUGGGAUCGUGAGUUAGGGUUCGUGUCAAUACCUUGCCUUUGCGUCCAAGUGUAUGACGAAUUGGUGCUGCUUGUGCUUCACCGUUCCAGAAGAAGACGAAAGGGAAGAGGAACUGAAGAAGGAGGGUGAAAUGAAACCCAUGAUGAGUGAGGGGGAUUUUGAGAACCAGGAUGACUCUGAUCGCAUUAUGCGAAAUGGCGAUGAUUCUGGUGGGAGUAACCCACUUGCGAUUGCUGUUGAUGGGCCUGACCGCCACGACGGUGAUCGGCUUAGAUUGUUUGAGGAUAUGGUCAGAGCAAUGCACGAUGAGGGCGAUGGUGGUGUUCAUUGGGACCAUGAGCUGCGCGGCGGUGGUGGGGCUGUCAAUCCCUGGAACUUUUCUUUUGGAAUUCUGCAUCAGUCUGAGGGAGGAGAGAGCAGUAGCGCCUCGGCUUUGGCCUUGUCUUCUACGAUGGAGACUUCUAAUGAGGAACGCGAUCGGGAUGCCCACCAUAAGCGCGCUAAAGUUCACUCCAUGUUCAUUGAGAGCUCAUUUGCAACUUCAUGGCCUUUGGGUGCUGGAAAUCCUGCGAGAGAUUUUGAUUUUAGUAAUGGAUCAUCUUCAAAUAUGACUAGGAACGAAUAUCUAUGCCAUGGUACUACAUCAAGCAGAGUUGAUGCCGACAAAGGCUUGGAAUCUAGUUUUGAUAGAGAUGAUGGGAUAAAUGAGAAUGACACCUGUAAAUCGGAAGGAUUUGAAGUAAGGAUGGAUCUCACAGAUGAUUUACUGCAUAUGGUUUUCUCUUUCUUGGAUCACAUCAAUCUUUGUCGAGCUGCUAUAGUCUGCAGGCAGUGGCAAGCUGCUAGUGCUCACGAAGAUUUCUGGAGGUGUUUGAAUUUUGAAAAUAGGAACAUAUCCAUGGAACAAUUUGAGGAUAUGUGUGGAAGAUAUCCAAAUGCCACUGAGGUCAAUAUCUCUGGUGUACCUGCUGUUCACUUGCUUGCCAUGAAAGCAGUUUCUUCUUUAAGAAAUCUGGAGGUUUUAACUCUGGGGAGAGGACAACUGGGAGAUACCUUUUUUCACGCCCUGGCUGAGUGCCAUUUGUUGAAGAGCUUGACUGUCAAUGAUUCUACGCUAGUUAAUGUUACACAAGAGAUACCUAUAAGCCAUGAUAGACUGCGUCAUCUUCAUCUUACUAAAUGUCGUGUUAUGCGAGUAUCUGUUAGAUGUCCACAACUUAAAACAUUGUCGUUGAAGCGCAGCAACAUGGCACAGGCUGUUCUUAACUGCCCUCUUCUUCAUGACCUAGAUAUAGGCUCUUGCCACAAGCUCUCAGAUGUUGCUAUUCGCUCAGCCGCUAUUUCAUGCCCACAGUUGGAAUCUCUUGAUAUGUCCAAUUGUUCAUGUGUUAGUGAUGAGACAUUACGUGAAAUUUCCUCAAACUGCCUGAAUCUCCAGCUUCUGAAUGCAUCAUACUGCCCAAAUAUAUCUUUGGAGUCUGUAAGAUUGACAAUGCUGACUGUGCUUAAGCUUCACAGCUGUGAGGGCAUCACAUCAGCUUCAAUGACCGCAAUAUCUAGUAGUUCUAGUUUGAAGGUUUUGGAGCUUGAUAAUUGCAGUCUUUUGACUUCCGUCUCUCUGGAUCUUCCUCAUUUGCAGAAUAUCAGACUUGUCCAUUGCCGCAAAUUCUCUGACUUGAGUUUACAGAGUGUUAAAUUAUCAUCCAUAAUGGUCUCUAAUUGUCCAUCACUUCACCGGAUCAACAUCACUUCCAAUUUUCUUCAAAAGUUAGUGUUGAAGAAACAAGAGAGCUUGGCCAAAUUGGUUUUGCAGUGCCCUAGUCUGCAAGAUGUGGACCUCACAGACUGUGAAUCACUAACGAAUUCUAUUUGUGAGGUUUUUAGUGAUGGUGGUGGCUGCCCUAUGUUGAGAUCGCUUGUUCUUGAUAACUGCGAGAGUUUGACUGCUGUUCAAUUCUGUAGCAGUUCUUUGGGCAGUCUUUCCCUUGUUGGUUGCCGGGCAAUCACUUCCCUUGAACUUCAAUGUCCUAAUCUUGAACAGGUUUCUCUAGAUGGCUGUGAUCAUCUCGAGAGAGCAUCGUUUUCCCCGGUUGGUCUGCGGUCAUUAAACUUGGGAAUCUGUCCCAAAUUGAAUGAGUUAAGACUUGAGGCCCCUUGUAUGGAUUUACUUGAGUUGAAAGGUUGUGGUGGAUUGUCUGAGGCGGCCAUCAAUUGUCCUCGUCUAACAUCAUUGGAUGCUUCCUUUUGUGGGCAACUGAAAGACGAGUGUUUGUCUGCAACGACUGCCUCAUGUCCACAGAUUGAGUCGUUAAUACUGAUGUCAUGCCCUUCGGUUGGUUCAGAGGGCCUUUACUCUCUACGAUGUCUUCUGAAGUUGGUUGUGCUUGAUUUAUCAUAUACCUUUUUGAUGAGCUUGCAGCCAGUCUUUGAGUCUUGUAUACAACUUAAGGUAUUGAAACUACAAGCAUGCAAGUAUUUAUCUGACUCAUCGCUAGAGCCUCUGUAUAAGGAAGGUGCUCUUCCAGCUCUUCAAGAGUUGGACUUAUCUUACGGGACGCUCUGUCAAUCUGCCAUAGAAGAGCUUCUUGCUUGUUGCACACACUUGACUCAUGUGAGCUUAAAUGGAUGUGUGAACAUGCAUGAUCUAAAUUGGGGUUGUAGCAUUGGACAGCUUUCUUUGUCCAGCAUCCCCAUUCCUCUUGGUCAAGCCACUCUUGAUGAGAUUGAGGAACCAGUUGCACAGCCAAAUCGUUUGUUACAGAAUCUUAACUGUGUAGGCUGUCAGAAUAUUAGGAAGGUUCUCAUUCCUCCAGCUGCACGAUGUUUUCAUUUAUCGUCAUUAAACCUAUCCCUGUCUUCAAAUCUCAAGGAAGUCGACGUUUCUUGUUACAACCUAUGCUUUCUUAAUUUGAGUAAUUGUUGCUCUCUGGAAGUUUUGAAACUCGACUGCCCAAAGUUGACCAGUCUCUUUCUUCAGUCUUGCAACAUCGAGGAAGAAGCGGUUGUAGCUGCAGUAUCUAAAUGUAGCAUGCUCGAGACGUUGGAUGUCCGCUUUUGUCCAAAGAUCUCCUCAAUUAGCAUGGUACAACUGCGUAUCGCUUGUGCAAGUUUGAAGCGGAUCUUCAGCAGUCUGUCUCCAACAUGACUAAUUCUUCUCUUCCCUACAAAAUUUUCCUCCCACCUGUUAAUUCCGAGUUUGGGAGACGACCCAAGUUUCGCUUUAUGUACAUGGAUGGUCUUGAAUUCUGUCAGCUUCCAUUUGCUUGGGGUAUAUAGUUAGUUUAUCUUCGUGACAGCUUAAAAAAUAAGUUAUCUCUUGUCUAUAUUGCUACCACCCAAGUUAGCCUUCCAUCUUUAAUUCAGUUUUGCAGUGUCUAUGAGAGAUUAAAAAUGAGUGAUUGUGAACACAUUAUUUUCAAGUUUCUGUGGAUACAAUCAGUGAACUGUUCAUCCUAUUAUUACGUUUCUGAUUCUGAA